UUAUGGGAUAGUGGAGGAGAGGGGGAAUGACUUGAGGCCUAGUUGGUAAACACGGAGUCGGGGCCUGUCUUGCGUCGUCUGCGCUCUCCGGAAGGAAAAAGACAAUGGCGUCUGGGACUGUUGAAAUAAUUAACUCUACCCCUGCGGGAGGGUCGAAUGAUGUAAGCUUGGAGGAACCAAAGAAGAUGACAAGAGAAGACUGGAGGAAAAAGAAGGAACUAGAGGAACAGCGAAAGCUGGGUAAUGCGCCAGCUGAAGUGGAUGAGGAAGGAAAAGAUAUCAACCCUCAUAUUCCUCAGUACAUCUCUUCAGUGCCAUGGUACAUAGAUCCUUCAAAAAGACCUACGUUAAAGCACCAGAGACCUCAGCCAGAGAAGCAGAAAGAGUUUACCUCAUCUGUGGAAUGGUACAAAAGAGGGGUUCAAGAGAAUGCUGUUACAACUAGGUACCGCAAAGGAGCCUGUGAGAACUGUGGUGCAAUGACACAUACAAAGAAAGACUGCUUGGAGAGACCUAGGAAAGUUGGAGCAAAAUUCACAGGCCUUAAUAUUGCAUCAGAUGAACAUGUGCAGCCUACACUAAUGUUUGAUUAUGAUGGGAAGAGAGAUCGUUGGAAUGGUUAUAACCCAGAAGAGCACAUGAAGAUUGUAGAAGAAUAUUCCAAAGUUGACUUGGCUAAACGUACUCUGAAAGCCCAGAAGUUGCAGGAAGAGUUGGCUUCAGGAAAACUGAUGGAGCAGGUGAACUCCCCAAGACACCACUGGGAAGAGGAGGAAUCAAAUUCACAGACAGAAAGAGAUCAUAACAGUGAAGAUGAGGAUGAAGAUAAAUAUGCAGAUGAUAUUGACAUGCCUGGACAGAACUUUGACUCCAAAAGACGUAUUACAGUCCGAAACUUGCGUAUUCGGGAAGACAUUGCUAAAUACUUGAGGAAUCUCGAUCCAAAUUCUGCCUAUUAUGAUCCCAAAACGAGAGCAAUGAGGGAGAAUCCAUAUGCCAAUGCAGGCAAGAAUCCAGACGAAGUCGGUUAUGCAGGUGACAAUUUUGUUCGUUACACUGGAGAUACCAUUUCAAUGGCACAAACUCAGUUGUUUGCUUGGGAGGCUUAUGACAAAGGCUCUGAAGUUCAUCUUCAAGCAGACCCUACAAAACUGGAGCUCCUGUACAAAUCCUUCAAGGUGAAAAAAGAAGAUUUUAAGGAACAGCAGAAAGAAAGCAUCCUAGAAAAGUAUGGAGGACAAGAACAUCUAGACGCUCCACCGGCUGAACUGCUGUUAGCCCAGACAGAAGACUAUGUGGAAUAUUCUAGACACGGAACAGUCAUCAAAGGACAAGAGAAAGCUAUUGUCCGUUCUAAGUAUGAAGAGGAUGUAACUAUCAACAACCACACAUGUAUAUGGGGUUCAUAUUGGAAGGAAGGCAGAUGGGGAUAUAAAUGCUGCCACUCGUUUGUCAAGUAUUCCUAUUGUACAGGAGAAGCCGGGAAAGAAAUCGCUAAUACUGCAUCAGACUUACCAGAGGAAAAACCUACAGAGGAAGAGUAUAUGGCAAAAUCCAAAAUGUUGAUGGAGAUACAUCAAGAAAAACAGAAAGAUGAGAAAAAGAAGAAAAAGAAGAAGCAAAAGAAGAGUCCAAAUUCAGAUAGUGAGGGUGAAGAGAAAAAGAAACAUGAAAAACUGAAAAAGGCAUUAAAUGCAGAAGAGGCUCGUCUCCUCCAGGUUAAAGAAAUCAUGCAGUUAGAUGAGAGGAAGAGGCCAUAUAACAGCAUGUAUGAAACACGGGAGCCUACAGAAGAGGAAAUGGAGGCUUAUAGAAUGAAACGCCAAAGGCCUGAUGAUCCCAUGGCCCCCUUUCUUGGACAGUAAUUAUGUGAAAGACAUUCCAGCACACAGUUCUUGGCUAUUGUAUAUGAUUCUUGGUAAACCAGUAACUGGAACUUUUCUGCCCACGUUUCUGUAAAAAACUGCACAAGUCUGCUUUGCAGAAAUGGCCUGAUUUUUGCCAGGGAAAAGAAGUCUAUGAAUGAAGUUAACGGCUGGUGCUAUAAGCAUGCUAGUGUUUUCUUUUUUUAAAAAAAAGUAUACUUGGUACAGACUUGUACUACUGAAAGGGUAAGUUGAUACCUUCUAAAAUUCAUCGUAACAAGUAACGGGAGAGAGGAACCUAUCAAUUUAGGAAAACAAACUACAUCUAAACCAGUUGGCCAGCAGGUGUCACUGUUACGUAAAAAUUGAUGAAUGUAACACAUAGCCUAUGUCUACACUAGGGACCUUACAGCAGAACAGCUGUAUCGCUGCAGCUGCGCCACUGUAAGAUCUCCUGUGUAGCCGCUCUAUGCCAGCAGGAGAGAGCUCUACACCACCCCCAACAAGCAGCAGUAGUGAUUUCGGCGGGAGCCACUUUUGUCGGUGAAACUUUUGUUGGUUGGGGGGAGGGGGGUAUUUUUUUCACACUCCUGACCGACAAAAGCUUUGCUGACAAAAAUGCUUAUAUAGACAAAGCCUUAAAAGUGGUAGACUGUAACAUCUCUUAAGACUUUUCUUAUGUGUGGCUCAGUAAGGGGGAAAAGUAAUGCUUUAUCAUUUUGAUAAUUUUAGGAAUGCAAAUAUGUGUAAAAACUGAUGUGAUUGGAUGUACAGACUUGGUUGAAUGUAAUAUAAAAGUUAAUGCUGUCUGUUAAUUGGGAAUAUUUGACUCUCUCUUUUCCUGAAGGGUUACAAGAAGCUGAUAUUCUACACAGAGCUUUGAAAUUCUUACUGUGUUUUAGCUAACAAUGUAGCCUUAUAUGCAUACACCCCAUAUGCAAUGCUGAGAUCCCGUGAGAUAAAUUGCAUUUAUCAUGAAACUUUGGCUGCUUCACCUGCUCUGUCACUACUCAUG